UCUUGUAUCUAAAGGCAUCGUACAUACGUAAGAAAGUGCAACAUGAGUAAAAACUCCUUCGAGAAAGGAAUAAUUACUUAUAUUUAUCUGGAAAAUUUUGUCACUUAUGAUAAAGUUGCUGUAAAGCCUGGUAGAAAUUUGAAUGUUAUUAUUGGACCCAAUGGCACUGGGAAGUCCACUAUUGUAUGUGCCAUUGUUCUUGGAUUGGGAGGUAAACCAAGCACAAUUGGCCGUGCCACUCAAGUUGCAGCUUAUGUGAAAGCAGGUUGUGAGGAGGCAAAGAUUGAAAUCCAUCUCAAAAAUGGAAAAAACAGAGAUGCCAUUGUUACAAGAUUAUUCAACAUACAAGGGAAAUCUUCCUGGUUUCUCAAUGAAAAGCAAUCAAAUAUUAAAGAGAUACAAAACCUAACAAACAGCUUUAAUAUUCAGGUGGACAAUCUAUGCCAAUUUCUGCCCCAAGAUAAAGUACAGGAAUUUUCAAAGAUGAAUGCACAAGAGUUAUUGGAAAAUACAGAAAGAUCAGUUGGUGAUCCCAUAAUUCUCGAGCAUCACAAACAAUUAAUAAAGUAUAGAUCAGAUCAUAAAAGUUUAGAAUCACAGAUAGUAAGCAAGAAGAAAUUAUUGGCAUCAAAGAGUCAGAUACACGAAGGUUUGAAAGAAGCUGUUAGUGGUAUAAAAGAAAGGAAAUUAAUAAAAAAGAAAAUUGUGGCAUUAAAACAAAAAAAGGCUUGGAUAUUAUAUGAACAAAAACGCAGAGAACUACUUCAGUUAAAAAAGAAAAAAGAAAAUGCGGCAGCAGAAGUGACAUCUUUGGAAACCGAAAUAAAACCAACUAAUGAGCUAAUAGAAAAAAUGAGAUCAGAAAUUAAAGUGCUUCAGAACUGCAUGUCAGAACAUAACAGUAAAGUCAGUAUUAAAACUACUAAACUCAAAAGGAUGAUGGAUGAUGUCUUGGAAUGUGAAAAUCGUAUAAAGGAAUGCGAGAUUUCUUGUAAACAGAGGAUACAGACAGAGGAAGCUCGAGAUCACGACAUUGAAGUUGCACAGCAACAAAAAAACAAAUUGGACAACGACCUGACUCUGAUACUGAACGAUAUUGGAUCUGAGGAGUCUGUAAAAAAACAACGAGAAGAAACCUUGGCCAACAUAGACAAAUACAGGAGUAUCAUCAGUAAUUUAACAAGUAAAAAUUCGGUAUUGAAACAGGAAGAAGAGCACGCAAACCUUGAAAUCAGAGCUCAAGAAACAGAAUUACAAAUGCUUAAUAUUGAAUCAAAACGAUUACAACUUCUAAGGGAAAGAAGUAGCGAUACAUAUAGGGCGGUACAUUGGUUAAGGGAGAAUCGGGAUAAAUUUUCUGGAGAAGUGCAUGAACCAAUAUUACUUAAUUUAAAUGUAAAAGAUGCUUCUUAUGCCAAAUAUUUGGAAAGCAUUAUUGCGUUUCGUGACUUAAUCGCAUUUGUUUGCGAAAAUAAACGAGACAUGAAUUUAUUACUACAUUAUUUACGAGAUGAGCAAAAACUGCAAGUGAAUGCUGCACAUUCUGACCCUAUGAAAUUAGUCUCCAUGGAACCGCCUGUUCCUUUGGCGAAGAUUACUCAAUUCGGUUUCACUCAUUAUUUGGUAUCUCUGAUUGAAGCACCAAGCACUAUCAUGAAGUAUUUAGUGACUAUGUAUCAUUUAAACAAUAUACCUAUAGGAACCAAUCAUGUUGAUGAUAACAUUGAUCAUAUACCUCAUAACAUACGUUGUUAUUUCAGUCGGUCGAAUGUCUACUCCGUUAAUAGGUCUAAAUACACGGGACAGAAGUCCAUUGGAAUGCAACCAGUAUCAGGCAAAGGGGGGAUGUUAUCGAUUGUGUUAGAUAAAUCCAAGUUGCUGAAGAUUGAAGAAAAGUUGAAACUUCUAAAAGAACGGAAGAACAAUGCUUUCAACAAAAUCAAAGAAAUCGAAGAACAGAUAUGUGAACACAAUAAGGAAUUAGAUAAAUACAGAGCUAACAGAAACAAACAACAGCAAGAUCUACAACAAAUACAAGCUUUGAAGUCUAGAAUAUCUAUGGUGGAGAGAAAAAUUAUGACCUUGCAAAAUGAACGAACCAGUAUUGAUAAAAUAAAAGAGUCUACUACUAAGGAGAUAAAGGUGAUUUUAAAUAAACAACUAAAUAUUUAUAAAACAUACAAUGUUGGAUUGGAAGAAUGCUUUCAGUCACUUACAACAAGCGAACAAAUCCAACUGGCAUUAAAACUAAGAAAUCGUUCUUUGAAUUUGAAAAUAAACGAAUCCCAAGAUCAGAGAGAUAAACUAAAAGCGGCUGAAGACAAAGUGAGGAAACUCAAUUCAGAGAUGCAACCUACGAAGAACGAAGUGCAGAGAAUGUACAAUGAAGCGCUAAAAACGACAAAUGGCAUUAAUCCAUCCGAUGAGGCGUUUGCGCCAAUAAAUAAGGUUUUUAAUAAAUUACCACCAACCAUAGAAGAGAUCAAUAACGAACUGAACAUUGCACAAGCAAAAGUCUUUUGUAUGGGAAACAAUAUCGACGGUGAAAAUGUAUUACGCGAAUUUGAAACGGUAGAAGGAGAAAUCAAUUAUUUAAAAGAGUUCAUUCAGAAAACGACACAACAGAUCGAAGUAAUAACGCAACAGAUAGAAUCAUUGCGAGAAGAAUGGUUGAAACCGUUGUCUGAAACCGUGAAAAAAAUAAACUCAAAUUUCAGCUCAUACUUCUCGGCGAUGGGUUGUGCCGGUGAAGUCAUAGUGGCGACCCCGGAGAAUAUCAUGGACUUCGAUCAAUACGGCCUAAAAAUCAAAGUGAAAUUCAGAGACACUGACGCUCUACAAGAAUUGACAAGGCACCAUCAAAGUGGAGGAGAAAGAGCAGUGACCACUGCUAUUUAUAUGAUCUCACUUCAAGAACUUUCGAGAGUACCUUUUCGAUGUGUGGAUGAAAUUAAUCAGGGUAUGGAUGCAGUGAACGAACGACGAGUAUUUAAUUUACUUGUAAGAAUGACUGGAAGGCCAAACAGUUCUCAGUACUUCUUACUUACACCAAAAUUGCUACCUGAUCUACAAUACUCGGAGACUGUAACUGUGCACUGUGUAUUUAAUGGACCGUUCAUGAUUAACCACACAGAUUUUGAUACAAAGAAUUAUUGCUCACAUAUUAGUAAGAUAAUGGAGGAGAAUGUAGAUGACGAUUAA